AUGAAGAACCUUUUCAUCUUAUUGCCAUUUUUCAUUGUUACAUUUGUGCUUGCCCAAAUAGGAGAAGUCACUCUGAUUACCCAUGUCAUUGCCAAACGAGCACACGAACCAACUCAUGAAGAGUUGGAAGAAGUAGAUCAAUAUUUGAAACAGUUGGUUGCUGUAGCUAAUGGUGGUCUUGCUAAAAGGGAUAACUUUUUACUAACCGCUGCUUUCAGAUCAUUGAACAAAUCAGGUACAGGAGUUCACAUUAUACACACCCUUGCCACGAGCUCGCUUUCACAGGGGCUCACGAUUAAAGUUGUUGAGGAGUAUGUGAAAAACACUGGUUUGACGAAAUUGAUGGAGGCUGCAGACGAGUCUGGGUUGGCGGUGUCUGUGGUAAUGAGAUUCUUUAUAAACUACAAGUUGAUUCCUGCUUUAUGGGACAUCAUUGUGGCUCUUUACAACAAUGGGGUGAUUUCAAUAAAAAGGCUAGAUAUAUUAGGAGCUAUUGGCUCAAUCAUUGGUGGCAUUGAAGAAUCUAUCUGGUCAUCAGUUAUGACUUUGGUCAAUCUCGUUGCUGGCCCAGAAUCGGUAUGUGAGUCGUUGAAUAUAUCAGGGUUGGGUGUAUCUGUGGUUGAUGAUCUAUUUUCAACUAGCGAUGGUCAGCUGUUCCUCAUCAAGUUGAUAACCGAACUCAUCAAUGAUGGAGUUGUCACCAUGGGUAUUAUGCUUGACGCAUUGAGAGAUUCAAGUUUUCUUCAAAACACAUUCACCAAGGUACUUUCAAGCUCUACAAACAGAAAGAUUAUUUUUAUCUGGGCUGUAAACAACUUGGUCUCUUUGAUCAAAUACAUUUUUUAG